CAAUGUGCUCGCGGUACACAUCAAAUAGGGUUUAGAAAAGCAUAAGCAUAUGCACUUUGGUCGUUGGUCUAAUAUUCGACGUGACAAUAUGUAGUUGAAUAUAUUCAAGUUUCUUUGGAUUGUUUUAACAUUAUUGAUUGAUUGAUUGUUCUCUGCUAGUAACAAGAUGAACAGUGUCAUUAAAAGUUUGAAGGAACGAAAGACAUGGGAGCUAUGCCUUGCCUUCUUUCUCACCCUGUUGCUAGUCUUCGCUGUCGUUGCCUGCUUCGUCUUCCCACUGGUCCUCAACCUCGGAGACAAAGAUCACGACGUGACGCCGACGUCGGCGGCAGAUAUGGGAUACCGGUUUGAUGACGGAGCGGUCGCUGCCGAUGCAGAAAUCUGCUCGCAAGUCGGCAGAGACAUUUUACAAGAUGGUGGAUCGGCGGUAGACGCAGCAAUCGCAGCCAUGCUCUGUAUUGGAGUUGUUCAUCCUUCAAGUGCCGGUAUAGGAGGUGGAUUCUUCAUGACCGUGUACGAGCGAGAGAGUGGUACUACUCGGGUCAUCGACGGCAGAGAAAGGGCUCCCUUUGCUGCCAACGAGACGAUGUUUGUUGAACAUCCAGAACUUUCUUUAGCAGGUGCAUUAAGCAUUGCGGUACCAGGUGAGCUCCAUGGUUACAAGCAAGCUCAUGAUCUCUACGGAGUCUUACCCUGGAAUCAGCUUUUCCGACCCGCUAUCGCGAUCGCAGAGGAAGGAUAUCUGAUCGAUAAGACCAUGGCGGCUGAUAUUGUUAACAACGAAGACUACAUCAGAUCCGAUGUCGGCUUGAGCUCCUUGUUUCUCGAAGAUGAUGGCAAUCUGAAGGAAGAGGGGGAUAUGGUUCUUAAUCCCCUACUAGCAGCAACAAUGAGAAGACUUGCUACAGAAGGAGUUGAUAUCUUCUAUACGGGUGACAUUGCUCAGACCUUGGUUGAUGAAACCCAAGAUAUAGGGGGUAUCAUCACCCUAGCUGAUAUGUCUUCGUACGAAUCCUUGGUAAAACAACCAUUACAUGUCAACUUGUUUGAUGGACUGACUGCUUUUACAGCCCCGCCUCCUUCUAGUGGCGUUGUGGCAGAGAUGAUCAUGAAUAUCAUGGAUGAAUACAGCUUCACGUCUGACGAUAUUUCGACGUUAGAGGGAGAAACGUUGAUGUAUCAUCGCUUCAUCGAAGCCACAAAGUUUGCAUUCGCCAAGAGGGCUCAACUUGGAGAUACGGAAUACGAACCGGUUCAAGAUCUCAUAUCAAAUAUGACUUCAGAAGACCUUGCAUCGCUGAUUCGUCAAACUAUCGAUGACGUGAGGGUGACCUAUGAUAACGUCACACAAUAUGACGCGCCCUUUGUGAAUACAUUCGAUGAGGGCACGUCACAUCUGUCCGUGAUUGCACCAAACGGGGAUGCAGUGGCAAUGACAAGUACCGUAAAUAAUGGGUUUGGAUCGAAGUUCAUGUCACCGACGACCGGUGUCGUACUCAACAACCAGAUGGACAGUUUCUCUACUCCGGGGUUACGAAACUCGGACGGUAUUGCUCCAUCAUCGCCCAAUUUCAUCAAGCCAGGGAAACGCCCCAUGUCAUCGAUGAGUCCGACGAUUCUAUUGGCUGAGAACGGUGACGUCAGACUCGCUUUAGGCGCGUCGGGAAGUUCGCGAAUGAUCACUUCGAUUUCGCUGGUAAGCUUGCGAACUCAACGUUUUGAAGAGGAUUUACGUGACGUCAUCAAUCAACGUAGAAUUCAUCAUCAGUUGUCUCCAAAUUACAUUCAGUAUGAAGAUGGAUUUAGUGAGGAAAUAAUGUCAGGAUUAGAAAACAAAGACCAUGAACUUUAUCUUCAGACGAGAUACGCCGUCGUGCAGGCAAUUCUACGUGAUCGUGAUGGAUCCCUCUUUGCUUUCUCUGAUCCAAGAAAAGGAGGAGUCGCCGCUGGUUUUUGAAAAAAAAAUUGUAAUGAGUAGAGACGAGGCUGGGCCUUGAAAUUUCGAUAGGGGCACUAAUAGUAUUUUGCUCCAAACCAUUUAGUGCUUCUACAAAAUAAGUAUGAAGAUUCUCAAAAUGAUUUUAUCAAAACUUUAAUAUAAAUUACUUGCAUGAUAUAUUUUAUAACAGGGAGGAAAAGAGAGAGA